AUGCAGUCUAAAAUAAAGAAUGUCUCUAGAUUAAUAUCUUACAAAUUCCUUAAGUGUCUCAUCUUAUGGCAUCUUCCCCUAAUGAUCGUAAUAAAAGUGGUGGCUUUAAUGAUCGUAAAAAGUGAUGGUUUGGAUAUUUUUGUUGUCACUGAAUCAUGGCAUGGUUCAUCAAAAAAUCCCUCCAUUGCGUUGUCCACUCCUCCUGGUUACCGCUUUGUAGAUUGUGUGAGAGAUCACGACCUUCUCCAUGGUGUCGAAGAGGCUAUUACAAGUAAAAACUUUGAUUGCGUGAGGCUCAGAAGCUGCCGUUCGGAUUACCUAGCUAUUUUGUUUACGGAAUUUAUUGCUGCUGUGAAGCACAUUUUUGACAAUCGAUGCAGGAAAAGUUUUCAAGUUUUGUUACCUCUUAGGUGUGUAGAUAUCCUCGAUGAAAUGAAAAAUGGCGUUCAGCUAAUUGUUGAAAAUUCUGUCAAAGGGGAAGAUAUAAACGAUUUGAAAUCAAAUGUGCAGCAAAUCGUUUGA